CUAUAAGAGCCCCUGCCGAGCCCUUCCCUGGCCAGACCCACCCGCCGCCGGCUGCCGCUUUGGUGCUGCUCUUGCUUCAACAGUGCUUGAACGGAGCAGGGUCUUUGCCGCCGCCGCCCCCCCAACUCUCUCCCUCGGCCAGAGCCCACCUCCGCCUGCGCCAUGAGCUCCGUGCGCCAGAACUACCACGCCGAGAGCGAAGCCGGCGUCAACCGCCUGGUCAACCAGCUGCUCCACGCCGGCUACACCUACUUGUCCCUGGGUUAUUAUUUCACCCGGGAUGAUUUGGCUCUAUCCAAAUUUGCCUCCUUCUUCCGGCACGUGUCUGAGGAGAAACACGAACAAGUUGAAAAACUCCUGACCUUCCAAAACCGUCGCGGAGGGAGAGCUGUUCUUCUGGAUGUCAAAAAACCAGAGCAGGAUGAAUGGGGGAACGGAGCCUCUGCCAUGCUCUUCGCCCUGCAGCUGGAGAAGAGCGUGAACCAAGCCCUGCUGGAUCUGCAUCAGAUUGCUACCCGCCACGUGGAUCCUCACAUGUGUGACUUCCUGGAGACUCACUUCCUCGACGAGGAGGUGAAGCUGAUCAAGAAGCUGGGGGAUCAUGUGACCAACCUGAAUCGUGUGCGUGCCAAAGAAGACGGCCUGGGCGAGUACCUCUUCGACCGCCUCACCUUGGGCGAGUCCAGCGACUGAGCAGCAGAGGGUGCCGACUCCCUCUAGAGCCCUCCGGCCAACCUGUCCAGCCGUGUUGCUCUGAUUUGUGUGUUUGUGUUUUUUUAAAAAAAAGCACCUUUGUAUCCUGCACAACUUAAGAGGGAGAGUAUGUAACUGGCAUUAAAUAAAACUUGGCAUUAAGCACUA